AUGCCGCUUCAAAGGAAAAUGUCGAAAGUGCUCGGACGACAUGUAGAAUCAAUGUGCGACCCUAACUGGGCCUCCAGAAAGGAAGGUAACCUGCAGGAAACGCCUGCCACGGCUACAGAAGACGCACCAGCUCUUGUGACCGAUACGUCUUCGUCGAGCGCUGUCCUUCUGCAGACGUUCAGAGCAUGGGCCACAUCAGGAACGAAGUGCGAGUACAUCAGGGCAAUAUUCGACAGUGGGAGUUCCUGUACCUUCAUUCGUGAAGAUUUAGCGCAAAUGCUGCACUUGAAGGAGGUAGCAAAAGUUGUGAUCAGCAUCAACACGUUUUCAUCGACAGCACAGUCCCGACCUACUGAGAGAACCGUCGUGGAAGUGACCGUGAGGAGUCAGUACGGACAUGACGAUGUCACACUAAACGCCAUCGUUAUGCCUGAGCUCUGCAGAGACAUUACGGAAUCGGCCGUUGACGACGAACAUGUGCUGGAGCUUCAGGGCCGCGGCGAACAAGUAGCCGACAUGGUUGCGUUUCCUGGACUGCGACAAGUGAGCGGGAUCAGCCUGCUCGUAGGCUGCGAUCAAGUUUGGAAGCUCAUUUCCGGAGACGUCCGUCGUUGCGGGCAAUACCAACAGCUCGUCGCCAUGAAGUCUAUAUUUGGGUGGACCUUUCAAGGGCCGAGCUCCGUAAAAGACUUGCAAGCACGACAAGUCAACAGCCUCAUCUGUGUGCUCAAAACUAGUGUGAGCGGCAUCACUAUAGAGGAUGAUGAGGUGAUCAGAAGAAUGUGGGAAGUGGAAGGCACUGGAAUCUGCGAAAAGAUCGCGCCCGUUCCUACAGAAGGCAAUGUAAUGGCGGAGUUCCGUCGGACCGUCAAAAUGAGAAACGGGCGGUACGAAGUACGCCUUCCGUGGAAUGACCUGGACGUCCCACUUCACGAUAACAAAGCAGUAGCUACAAGCAGACUUUCUAGGCUGGUGAACCGACUCGUCGGCAACAGGCAGCUGCUACAUGAAUAUGACAGGAACAUCCGCGAGUAUCUGGUCCAGGGGCACGCUGAAGCUGUUCCAGCAGUGUAUCCUAAGACGGCUGAUCGAACCUACUACAUGCCUCAUCGUGAAGUUCUUAGGCCCGACUCUACUUCAACGAAAAUGCGCAUCGUGUUCGACGCGUCAUCGCACUUCGACAAAGACACGUCCUUGAACGGCCACCUUGAGAAGGGCCCAAAAGUACAACAGGAUCUGCUGGACAUUCUACUGCGUUUUAGGACACAUCCGAUCGGAAUUGUAGCGGAUAUUGGAAAAGCAUUUCUUCAAAUCAGCGUUCACGAAGAAGACAGAGAUGCACUCCGUUUUUUAUGGUUUGAAGAAGUGCCAUCACGAAUGGACAGUCAAGGUGCCAGAAUGGUUGAAUGGCGCAUGACACGUGUGCCAUUCGGAACGACGGCCAGUCGCUUUUUACUGACAGCUACGCUUCACCACCACUUUUUGACUAUAGAUGGGGAACUAAGAUGUGCCGCGAACACACUUUCGACAUCGUUCUAUGUCGACGACUUGUUAACGGGCGCUGCUACCUUUGAGUCUGCGUUGAAGCUCUAUGAAGACUCAAACGUCAUCAUGGACCGAGCUAUGAUGUGUCCACGGAAGUGGUCAUCCAACUCUUGUGAGCUUCACGAAAUAUUUUCUACGGAUAAACGAGGUGCAGCGAACGAAAAGGAUCGCCUCACUACAAAGGUGCUAGGCAUAAUAUGGAAUACGAAAGACGACCAGCUCGCCUGCAGCUUGGAUGGAGUAAUUAGUUCCUUGGCACAUUCACCUGGAUCUAAACGUAACGUCCUGCAGACAUCGGCUAGAAUCUACGAUCCUCUUGGCCUCCUGAACCCGUUUACUGUUCGGGCAAAGAUGCUGUUUCAGUCACUAUGGGUUGAACAGAUGGGUUGGGACGAGGAGAUGCCGCUCGACAAGCAGCGACUCUGGCAAGACUGGUGUGAAGAGGUUCCCGAGCUGAUCAACGUCACUGCAGAUCGUUGCUUACUCCCGUGUGGCGCCGAGGACCUGCAAGUCCAUAUCUUCUGCGACGCCAGCCCGAAGUGCCAUGGUGCCGUGGCAUACUUGAGGACUGAAAAGAGCGGAUCCCUGACGUCCACGCUCAUCUUCUCGAAGUCCCGUGUGGCUCCACUCAAGCAGAUGACACUGCCGCGUUUAGAACUUAUGGAAGCGCUGAUUGUGUCCAGGAUGUUAAGCUACCUAGAGCGGAUCUGGUCUGGUCUUGCAUUUGAAUACUACUUGUGGACAUACUCGACGAUCGUCCUGUGGUGGAUCGGGAAGCCCCCUAGCGAAUGGAAGCAAUUCGUCAGCAGUCGUGUUCAGGAAGUUCAGCAGAAUACGGACACAAAACGGUGGAAGCAUUGCCCAGGAGCGACUAACCCUGCAGACUGUCUCACAAGAGAGACGCCAGCACGAACACUCUCCGAAAAGUCACAUGGUGGUGCGGACCACAUUGGCUAA